CUGGGCUGAGGUCAUCUUUCUCUCUGAACGCCUGUCCUCCUCUGCAUACAACCGUCCGAAUGCCCUCUAUAGAUAUUAUGGACUCAAGCUGCGGGAUUCCAGGAGCGCAGAGACAGUCCACCAGUACCUGCACUUACUCCUGAGGUUGGCUCUCGAAGAGGAAGCAGACAGAGAGGGAAUUUCUGAGGCUAUCGGUGUGGCUUCAAGCACCCAUAUUUCCCAGGUGCUGAUGGCAGUGCGGGAUUUUGGCCGCGCAGCCAUUGCAAGGAAGACUCAGACGUCUGAGAAUACUAGCGAGACCAAUGCCAGCAUCACCGUCAUCCUUUGCUGCGGGCAAAUGGCAAUCGGGGCACGGCAGGAUGAGCUCCCCCUUUUUAUAGACCAGUUAACACAGGAGCUCCUCUUCCAAUUCCAGAACAGCAGGAAGAACGAGGAUUUGAAGAAGAGCUUUAUGAAGGCAGCAACUUUAACAACCAAGGCGCUUGUGCAGUCGAAUGUGGGACAUGUCACCUUCCCCCACAAAGAGGAGCUCACCUUCUGCAUCAUAGAGGUUAUCAGAGAGCAGCCAAUGGCAUCAAUCACCAACCUGCACGAGGCAAUGGAAAACAUCAUUCGCCUGACUGCCUUGAGACCAUACAUGGACCCUCUGACCCGCUCUCAGCUGGUACAAAAAAUCACCCAGAAGGUCUUCCAGUUGCCAUCCUUGCAGGUUAUGAAGAUCAAAGCUGGGAGCUCGGUCAAAGCAACACCGAGCCAGGACUGUUAUCAAGAAACCGUGUACAUCUGGCUCAACAUGCUCACCAGCUUGCUGUCAGAGGCCCCCUCUCUGAAGACGCUGCAGGAGAUAUUAGUGCACAUAAAAGGCUGGAUUGACUCCACAAAAAUCAGUGAGCGGCAAAGAGCAGUCAAGACCACCAACGCACUCCUGAAAUAUGUCUCCGAGCAUCUGGACUUUGAUGUGAGUGACCAAGGCUUAAUGCUGCAAUUUCAAAUCGUAUUGCGUUGGAAAGUUCAGGUGUGAACUAGAUGAAAGCUGUAUGGCAUGGCCAUCCCAGGGGAAGGUGCCAGCCAGUGCUAUUUUUCUAGAAAAAGAGGUGCCAGGACUCACCAUGAACUCACCUCCCUCAUUCUCUUAUAAUGGCAAUAGUGCCCACCUGAGAGGUGCCAGUGUUAGCUAUUUGCAGUAUAGUAGCACUGCAGAGAGCUUGCUGGGGAGACCAUGCGUUAAAAAGGGACUCAAAAAUAACUUAAACAAGG